AUGACUGAAGAUAAAACAUUAAAAGCUAUUCAAUAUCAACGUGGAUCAUUACAAAUCUUAGAUCAAUUGAAAUUACCUGAUAUAUCGGUCUAUAUUCCAAUUCAAACAGUAGCCGACGCAUGGAAAGCAAUUCAUACAAUGUCAAUUCGAGGUGCACCAGCUAUUGCAGUAUGCGGAGUGUUGAGUCUUGCUGUCGAUCUUCAUCAUUCACGAUCAAAGUUCGAGUCAAUUGCAUCUGUUCAGCAGUAUGUCAUUGAUGAAUUGAAUUAUUUGGUCACUGCGCGGCCGACUGCAGUCAAUAUGACCGAUGCAGCUAAGACAAUCAUUGAUUAUUUAAUUCCAUUGAGUGCCAAACAUCAAAGUAUCCCAGAAUACAUUGAUGAAUUGAUUGCCUUUAUUGAACAGUUUCUUGAACGUGAUCUCGCUGAUAAUCGUGCAAUAGGUCGACAUGGCGCUGAACAGAUUCGACUAACAACUGCAAAUCCAAAAAAAUUAACGAUAUUAACACAUUGCAAUACAGGCUCAUUGGCAACCGUUGGUUUUGGCACUGCACUGGGCGUUAUUCGACAACUGGCCGCGAACGGCGACCUUCAAACAGCUUAUUUUACUGAAACUCGACCGUACAAUCAAGGUUCAAGAUUAACUGCAUACGAAUUAGUGCAUGAUCAUAUUCCUCAUACAAUGAUUUGCGAUUCGAUGGCCGGACUUCUAAUGCGAACACAACCCGUUCAUGGUGUCGUUGUCGGAGCGGAUCGAGUAACAGCUAAUGGCGAUACUGCCAACAAAAUUGGUACUUAUCAAUUAGCUAUUCUCGCUAAGUACCAUGAAAUCCCGUUUUACGUUGCUGCGCCAACAACCUCUAUUGAUUUAACUAAAAGAACCGGUGACGAAAUUGUUAUUGAACAACGGCCUUCGAAAGAGAUGACAAGUAUUAAAGGAGUGAAUAUCGCUGCUGAAGGUGUACAAGUCUGGAAUCCGGCAUUUGAUGUGACACCAGCUCAACUGAUAACCGGCAUCAUUACUGAGCAUGGCGUGUUUAAACCCGAUGAGCUUGAAGAGAGAUUAUUAGCUUUAAAAAAUAAUAAAAGCUCUUGA